UACCCACAAAGGAUGAGACUUUAAAGAUGACUGUUCGGAAUUUAUAUAAUGUGAUAUCUGUUUCCUGUUAUUAAUGAUUGCUUGCAAUUUUAAGCUUGUUUCAUAGUUUGACAAUUAUUAAAUAAACCAUUAAAAGACUAAAUUUAAAGCAUAAUUCUCAAUUUUGCGGGUAACCCUAUAUGUAUACAUCAUAAAGUGUUGCCUAAACAAUUCACUCUUUCAACAACUUUAUAUUUGUUAACCCCAUACUGUCAACUUUAAGAUUAGAAAUGGCCUUGCUCAGAAGUGAUAUUAUAAACAAGGAAUUUAUUCUACAAGCAGUCAGGGUGUUGGAGAAAACUAAUUAUGUGGAAAUAGACUCAAUAACAACAGGAACUCAUGUUGAUAGAGAAUUCCAGGAUGUCAUAAAAAUUCAGAUAAGAGCUGUAGUGAGAAGAAAGUUAAAGGAGUAUAACUGGAUUGCAAAGUUAGCGCCUGGGUGUGAGAAGGUUGGUACAGCAGCACAUACACUUGGGGUGUGGGAGAAGGAGGUUAGAGUUUACAGGGAUCUGUUCUCCUAUUUUGAGUAUGUUGGAAGGACUAAUGAUGUGAUGCUACCUAUGAUCCCAUCUUUAAUCUAUUCUAAACUAGAACUAAGCAAGGAAUGUAUGCUGUUCUCUGAUGAGAAUGAGCUAGGGUUGACCCCCUCCACCUUCCCCCUGGACAGGCCCAGUCUCCUACUAGCCGUGGAGUGGUUGGCAAAAUUCCAUGCAAUUGGAUACAGUUUCUACAAGUCAGGACAUCCUACAGAGUGGUUAAUUGAUCCUUUGCCUUUUGCUGGUAAAUCAUGUCCAGAUCUGCUGAAGAUAAUAAGAUCAGCUGAUUCUACAGAUACAGCAGUUAUGUCUGAAUAUGCAUCAAGAUUAGAAUCAUUGUUCUCUAGUUCAGCGUAUGCAGAUAUCUGUAGAUCUGUUUUUAGCCCCAGGGACGGUUUGUUUGUAACGGUUUGUCACGGUCGUCCAACAGUGCGGAAUCUUCUAGUUUGGCAGGAAAGAGAGAGAGAGCAAAGAUUUGAGGAUCAGGAGGAUCAGGAGGAGAAGGGAAGUCAGAGACCUCUAGAGGCGUUAUUUGCAAACUUUGAAGAAGCCAGAUUAUGCCAGCCCGGCACUGAUUUAGCCAUCUUACUCUAUACUUCAACUAAUAGAGAAACUAGGAAAGAAGAACUCAGCAAUAUCUUAAAGCAUUAUCAUUCUGAACUAGAGGAUUAUUUGCUUCAGCUUGGAUUCCCCCCGCACACCUAUACAUUCUCCCAACUAGUCGAGGAUUAUCAGGAUGCUGUUGUUCCUGCAGUAGGAAUCGCCGUCAACCUUAUACCCGGUGUCAUAGAGACAGGGGAUGAGACUGAUAGUGUUGGCCUUGGCACAGGAAGGACAGCGGGUAUCAUGACGGAAAUUCUGGAGGAGCUGGUGGAGAUGGAAAAAAUUUAGAAAUUGGAAAAAAGCCAAAGAAAUAAAGUGAAAUAUUUUAUCGAAAUGUCAAAUAAUGUGAUUAUAUAACUGAAUUUUUAUUUUUUAUAAAUAUUUAUAAACCUUAAAAAUAAGAGAUUCUGUUAUGUUACAUGUUUACAUGAUUUUACGAAAGAGAACUAGAUUUAAAAAUACAGAAUAAUCAACUUGAGAUAAUUAUCCAUUUUCCACAAGCAAAUAUUAGAAUAUGAUGACAACUAAAAACUUAUUUUAACAUAUAGUUUAGCUUUAAUUAUGGUCGUCUUCCUACUGUAAUUUAAUAUGACAACCACUGUAUAGUGUACAUAUUAAGCUGGACACUAUUGUGUUGGAUACCCUUGGUUUGCUUGAUCUCGAUAUCCACCGUGGACACUUUUGAUUUGAGGAUUGAUGCUUAAUUUCUCUGCAUGGGUACACUUACCUUGCAGGAUAUCGAAUUAAGAUUAAAUUAAUCUGCAGAUUAACAAAAUAUCGAGAUCAAGCAUUGAUCUUGAUAUCCACAAAACAAGAGUUCCAGCUUAGUACAUUUUGAAUUUUCAAAAUGACAUAUAUAUGAAUAAUAAUCACAUAAGCAAUAUACUUAUCAAACUA